AUGCGGUCACUGCAGAGACUCUUGGCACGGGACUCCCGUACCCGAAAACUCUGCUGGCAAAGACGAGAGUCCUCCUCCUUCAGCCCUGGCGGGUGCGUCGCUCCCGCGCUUUACCGCAGCUACCUGAUUCUGAUUCGGGCUGAAAGCAAGAGGCUGAACAAGCCGGCGGAUGCGGUGGAGAAAAGGGGACCGUACAUCAUGAGCAAGCCUCCCUCCAUUCACGCCAAGCUCCGUAAGCGAUGCUCGCCGUUGUCCCAGGGACUCUGCCGGGAUUCGGGGAGACAUCUGCGCCUCUCGCCCAGGGCUCCUCUGCUUUCCGGCAGGUCGGUGAAGUUUAACAAGGGCUACACGGCGCUCAGCCAGACGGCGGAUGAAAACCUGGUCUCCCUCGAUUCGGACAGUGACGGGGAGCUGGGAUCCAGAUGUUCCUCGGGCUACUCCUCCGCCGAGGUGAACCAGGACCUGAGCCGGCAGCUGCUGCAGGAUGGGUACCACCUUGACGAGGUCCCCGAUGACGAAGAUCUGGAUCUCAUCCUCCCAAAACCCAUCGCCUCCUCUUCUUGCCCCUGUUGUUUCGGAGAAAACCUCUCCUGCGUGAUCCAGUAGACGCCGCUCGGCCGGGGCCGUGCAAGAACAGGUCAAAAGCCAGCACUUUCUUUGUCCCGUGGGAUGGCUGUUGGUGUCCGUGUCCCACGCCGGGAUGGUGACACAGGGACCGAACGAUGCUGCGACGCUGCUCGUGGUGAGCGGCAGCAGCCAACUAACCCCGAAGGACUUUUCCUUAGGCUCAGCAGUAUCAGGGAGAGGUGGCACGGUGAC